GUGGUGUAGUUCACUUACCACAUCUACAUGCUUUUGCAAUUAAUGGUCACGCUUAUCAUCAAGUUUAUCCUGCUAAUGCUAAAGAGUAUCUGACAAAUUGGUUUGUUUAUAAUACUAAAGCACAGAAUUGUGUUGCUAAUCAACAUAAGCUUGAUCAAGAAAUAGUAAAACUGAUUGAGCAAGAAUUAGCUACUGUUAAUUCAUUUGUUAGAGGUUUAUAUUAA